CCCGGAUUCCUAGUGACGCCAAGAGGGCUGCUCCCUUUUUGUCAGGCACCAAUCCUGCCACGGGGUGCUUGGCUCCAGCAUCCCAGCAGAGUGCUCUGUCUCGCGCUCUCUCUCUCUCUCUUCUCUGGGGCAUCAGAGCAGGAUCACCUAGGGCUGGCUGGACCAUGCCGAUUCUCUGCCGCUCACAGAUUGUGUUGCUACUCCUGCUGCUGACAGGUGCUGAAAACAGUUCGUCUCAAAGAGUCUGUGGCCGGCCCAAAGUCUCUUCCACUCGGAUCGUUGGGGGAGAGAAGGCUGAUGAAGGGGAAUGGCCCUGGCAAGUCAGCAUACGGAACAACCGGCUGCACAUUUGUGGGGGAAGCCUCAUCUCAUCCCAGUGGGUGGUGACGGCAGCGCAUUGCUUUGAAGGACCACUGAUCCCAGAAGAGUACCGAGUGCACCUGGGAGAAUAUGAGCUUCCUAAGCCUUUGCCCAGCAUGGUCUCAUCCGCUGUCGUCAAAAUCAUCGUGCAUCCCUAUUACGCCGGAGACGGGCUGAGUGCUGACAUCGCGCUCUUGCAGCUGGAAGAGCCCAUCCGCGUCUCCCGGACCAUCUUGCCCAUCUGCCUGCCCAGUACUUUGGAUCCGGACCCCUUCCCCGUUGGAAUGUCAUGCUGGGUCACUGGCUGGGGCAACCUCUACCCAGAAGCCCCCUUUGUCACUCGGACCCUGCAGGAGCUGGAGGUGCCAAUCCUAGGCGUCGAGGAGUGUGACCGUAUGUACCACAACAACACUUUCUCCGACACAGAGGAUGUGCCGGAGGGCUACAAGUUGAUCCACAAAGACAUGAUCUGUGCCGGGUACCCAGAAGGAAAGAAGGAUUCUUGCCAGGGCGACUCUGGGGGACCCCUGGCCUGCAAGCACAACGGCACUUGGUUCCUGGCUGGAGUGGUGAGCUUUGGCUUUAGCUGUUCGGAGGUCAACCGGCCUGGCGUCUACACCCGGGUCACCUCCUACAUGGACUGGAUUCAACACACCAUGGCCCAGAACACAAAGUCUGGUAGUGGAGCCCAUCUCCCAAGUGCCAAUUCUGCUCUCUUUGUGGUUCUCCUCCUCCUCCUCGUGGUCUUGACCAAUAGCAUUUCAUGAACUGCCCUAGCUCCACCCAUGACACUUCAAAAUGGCUGCCGUGCUUCACUAGGCGAGGCUGGAGGGAGAGCUUGGAGUGGCUGGAGGCUGUGUAGGUUGUGCUUUUAAGGAGAGGGCAUUCGAAAGAGCUCUGCCACGGUUGGAAAGAUCUGUCUUUAUGCCUCCUUAUAGAAUAGACAAGUAGCCAUGAAGCCUAAUCAAAAGGAAAAGUGUGGAAAUGGAAACAUAAAGAGAAAUCAGGAUUGUGGAAAAAGAAGUGCCAUUAACACAUCAGAGAAGGAACUGUCUGGAAUAUGGCAAGGCCAAAAUACAGAAUAAUUAAAAAAAAACUGCAACAGCCAAAAUGAAAACAAAAAGUUCUCUGUAAACCAACUGCUGUGAACAUACGUGAAGCCACCUUUUACUAAGUCAUGUCAUUAGCUUACCUACCCAGUACUGUCUGCUUUGAUUGGUUCUCCUGUCUUUCCCAUGACUUGCUGCCUUCGCUGGAGAUGCCAGGGACUGAACACCCACAUGAACACACACGAAGCUGCCUUAUACUGAAUCAGACCCUUGGUCUAUCAAAGUCCUUAUUGUCCAUUCAGACUGGUGGCGGAUCUCUCUGGUCUCAGGCAGAGGUCUUUCCCGUCACCUACUGCUUGGUCCUGUUAACUGGGGAUGCCAGGGAUUGAACCUGGGACCUUCUGCUUGCAAAGCCGGUGUUCUCCCACAGAGCUACACUACAAUUGAGAUGCCAACCCCUGUACUGUCAAUUUUAUCUGUGAGGGGUUUUUCUGAGGCCAUUGUUAGAUGCCUUUCCAGCUCUUUAACUGGAGGUCCUAGGGACUGACCCUGGAUCUUCAGGCGUAGCAUAUGCUUUCAUACUGAGUUCCUCCUGAACAUAAGAGUCAUAUCACUGUGCUUAUGCAGGGCUUUCUCAUGGUUUGUGCCCAAUGGGUCUUGAAGGCAGGUUUUAGGAGAAUGGGCUGAAGAAACCAUAGAUUUUUAACUUAAUUAUUUUUAAAAACCAGUUUCAGGGGUGUAGUUGUAGGCAAAUGUAUGUGCAUGUGAGUGUAACUGAACUCGGUGGUACUUUUCUGAAAGUAUACAUGCAGCAGAAUCAAGCUGAACACAUGUGAACUCUCCGUGCUUGACAGCAAAGGAUAGACAGGAGGCGCAUACAAAAAGACUUGAUCGUUCUCCUCCCCCAGGGAGAGGACAGGCAAGCAAUAACCAGGGCUAUUUUUGGGCAGGAACGCACAGGAACGGAGUUCCGGCUGGCUUCAGAGUUGGCCAUGCCCACUACACCCAAAACCUUUGCGUGUGUUGUGUAUGCAGCCUGACGAAGCCGGGCAUGCCCGGGCUUGUCCAAAGACCCAAAACCUCAAGCUUCAUGCCGAAAGACAAUGGGCCAGUAGGAUCCUAGCCAGGCCCAAUGAA